CACAUUCGCGAAUCGAUCUCAAGUGUUCACUGUGUGGAAAGUGCAGGACAUAUAAUCAAUACCAGAAGCCGAUACUUUUCCCGUAUGCCGAAAGCGCGUCACAGCCCGUGCGUCGCUCGAUUAGCCAGGUCUUAUGGUCCGAACGUGAGCCGAGGGACGGAGCCGGAGUGUGACAGGAACGCAUACCCACAAUGCCCUUCGGGACAAAGGCUGCACUAGUGGGUCAAGCCGGCUUAAAGAUAUGGCUACAGCCUGCAGGAUCGGAUACCACCGGGCCAUCCCGAGUGACCAGAGCUGACACCAGCCGUGCUGGGAAAAACGUUGAUUAUUUGGUAUUUAUAAAAAGCAGUCCGACACCAUUCCCAUGUAUUUGCAGUUGUUACAUCAGCGAUUUCACUCAGAAGAGCAACCUGAAAAUGGCCAACAAAAUAUUAAUGCCGGCUCUAGUGACCUUUAGUGAUGUUGCUGCAUAUUUCACUCAAGACGAAUGGCAGUUGUUAGAAGAGAGACAGAAGGAAUUCUAUAAGAAUGUCAUGGAAGGAAUCCAUUCAGUAUUGAUAGGACUGGGCCAUACUAUAGUGAAUUCUGAUGUGUUGUUUAGAGUUAAAGAAGAGCCAUUUCAUCACAAAGAACUUCAAAACUCAGUAAGAACAGACUGCUCAAGGAAUAUACCUGAACGCCAACUAGACAUCAAGCCUGACAUUUUACUAAGACUUCAGUGUGAUCAGAUACCCAUGUACAAAGCUGAGGAAGAGGCUAAACCAAGAUCCAAUUAUGAUCAGAUAGAUGCCAGGAACAGUGUUUCAGUAAGAAGUCCAACCAUACAAAUUCCUCUUUGCAAGGCUGAGAAAGAUGCUCCACCGUUUCCCGCUCAUGAGCCUGUAGCCAUCAGUAUUCCAGAGGUGAACAAUCAUGGAAAGAUCCUGCAGUGCCAAAAAUCAGAGGCUUCUGAGACCCAAGCGUCUAUAACAAAUGAGUUGUGUGUACAUUCUGGUAAGCUCACAAAUAGACAGUCCCGAGUGGAUACUGGGAGAUCUCCACAAUCUCUCCUUAACCAAAACACAGACACCAGUAAAGGUUGUAGCAUCCUAUACAGCCUUAUAAUGCAACAGGACACUCAACACCCCAGUUUGUUAAAUGCAGCUGAUCUAAGGACAAGUAAGAAAGGAUGUUUAAGUCUACAACAUAAUGCAGAGAGACCUUUCAAAUGUGCCUUGUGUUCUAAGGCCUUUUGUGACAAAUCGGGAUUAGCAAAACACAGAAAAACCCAUACUGGAGGCAAGACAUUUCCAUGUACCCAUUGUAAAAAAAUCUUCACACAGAAAUGGAACCUUGUGCAACACCAGAGAACUCACACAGGAGAACGACCCUAUGAAUGCAUGGACUGUCACAAGAGCUUCAUGUAUAAUUCUGUUCUCAUUAAGCACCGGCGUAUACACACCGGGGAGAGGCCAUACCAUUGCACACAGUGUGAGAAAAAAUUCACUGGAUACUCAGGACUUGUUCGUCAUGAAAAAACUCACUUGCACCUGAAGCUGCAUACAUGUACUGAGUGUGGGGAAAGCUUUAGCCAAAAACAUUACUUGAUUAAGCAUCAGGGUGUGCACCUUUUAAAACUACCAUUUGCUGCAGUCAAAUAUUAUCAACACUAAUUUUCCCUUAUUAUUUGCCUGUACCAAAAACUGACAGUUACUAAUAACCCCGGUGUAUAUUUAGAUGACAUUUUGUGUUGGUAUGUUCAGCAUGUAUGUUGGCUAUUCAGAGAAAGCCUGUCAGUCGCAGGAUGGGUAUGCCAGCACUCUGACACCAGACAAAUGAUAUGCAUUAUAUACAUUUACCUUGUUAUAUGUGGAGAUCAAAAAUAGAGUGGGGAAUAGAUAGGAACCUUAUCUCUGCACAACUUGCAUCGGUGAAAAUGUAGUAGGCAUGUGCUAUGUGUAAUAUGCAGGUAAGAUUUUAUACUUUGUCUUGUCUUUAUUUAAUAAUAAAGUAACAAACACGGA